AAUUUAGUUAUUUACAAGAUCCAACCAGAAAGAUCCGACCCAUACAAUACAAACCCUAAAACCCGACCCAUCUAAACCAAAACGAUGUCGUUUUGUAUCACUCAACAUUCUCUUCUCCAAAAUUUUCAAUCAUCGGGUCUGUCUCUCCUCUUGCGACACUCUCUAUUGCAAAAUCGGAGAUUGAAACCCUAGAGUAUCUAUUUUCGUUCUUCCUUGUUUGUUUUCUAUCUAAAUCGAAAAUCCAUCUUCCUUCUUCCUUGUUGGUUCGUGUCUCAACUAUCUCUUUGUCUCUCUUGUCUGAAACCCUAAAGUCGAGACCGCUUCGUUUCUUCAUCCUCCUUUGUCGAAAUCGAGGCUCCAUCUUUGUUCCUUGUGGUAAGUGAUUAGUUUCCCUUUAUUUGGUUGUUAUUUGGUCGAAUUUGUAUGUAGAUUUGAAAACAAAUUUGGGGAAAACUUUGAAUGUGUCUUAUGUUUAGAUAUUGGUUUUGAAAUUGGAUAAGAACUUGGUAAAUCUAUUGUUUAGGUAUAUAUUACAUAGAAUCUAUUGUUUCCGAUUUGAGUUAUAAAUUGUAUUUAAUUUUUGUUAAUAAAAUUGUAUUGGGGAAACUUAGUUGAUGUUGUGUUGUUGUUUUGCGGUUUGAAUUUAGAGUGAUUGAGUGUUGUAAUGUCUUGUACAGGAAAAUUAUGAAGAAAAAUCAAAAGGUAGUCCCCAAUGAAAGUCGUCGUCAGUCUCUUAGAGUCAGGAAACCGGACUCGGCUGCAAAAAAACCAGAACCGAGAGUUCAGAAGAGCAAGAAAAGCAGUAAGAAGAGUAAGAAGAGUAGGCCAGUGAGAGAGCCAGCGAGAGCACCGAGUGUAGAAUCGCUCUCAGUCUCAGAUGAGUCCGAAAGAGAGGGGUCCGAUAGUGAGGGGUCUGAAAGAGAGGAAAUGCAACCGAAUCAACCCCUUGAGUUCUACUUCAAAAGCAGCGAGUUCCCCCAGAGUUCGAAGAUACAAACUAAGUGCUUCGUGACCAGGACAGUAAAGCUCAUCAGGGAUAAGCCUGAGGCUGCGUGGUUCACAAGCCAUCCUCAGUUUCGACAUUUCUUCCACAUGCCAGACGAAGAUAACCUGAAGCUUCAGGGGAUGUGGAUGUUACUACUGCGCACCAUUUGUACUCCAGAAGAUGAUGUUGCAUGGUUUGCGGUUAAUGGUGUACCCAUCCGCUAUUCUAUGAGGGAGCAUGCCCUCAUCUCUGGGUUAGACUGCGGUGAUUAUCCACCAAACUAUGAGAAGUUGGGAGGUUAUAAGUUUGUGGAUUAUUACUUCCAUGACAGAAAGAAGAUCACCAUCACUGAUGUGAAGCAGAAGAUGUUGUCUAUGCCGCCGUGUCCAGAUAGAUUGAAGAUGACAGUCUUGUUUUUUCUUGGUCGGGUUAUCAGAGGAAAGCCGAAGGAUGCUGGAAAUUUAGACGACUUCAUAUUAAGGAUGAUGGACGAUUUAGAUGCUUGCAGAUCAUUUCCCUGGGGUCGUCUAACGUUUGAGGAUGCAAUAAAGGAGAUUAAGCACGUGAUGAACCAUCUGAAGGGUGAAGUGAAAGAGGCAUGCGCCUUUCCUGGUUUCAUCAUCCCUUUAGAGGUUCUGGCUUUUGAGUGUAUUCCGGAUCUGGGGAAGACGUUUAGAAUCUAUUCAGAGGACGCCAGUGAAGAAUGUCCAAGGAUGUGUAAGAGCCGGUUUACAAAGUCCAGUCUUAGGGGUUAUCCUUUGGAAGACAUAUAUGCUGCUGUUGGAGAAACAAAGGUUAUCAACAGUGUCUUAGUUCCAACUAUUGGUGAGCAAAUUAUGCUGGCUCGUAUCAUUGAUGAGGAGCGAGAGUAUGACCGUCAGGGCAGCCCAAGUGAUACUUGGAACUACUGGUUAAAUGUGAAGCAGAAGAAUAUUUGGUGGGAAGAGCUAUAUGAGUUGGAUCAAGCUGCACGAGGAGUGUUGCCAAAAAAGAAAGACAAAGAGAAGGUGACGUUUGCAGAAGGAUCAUCCUCUAAUUCUGGAUUAGAUUCGAGGUUGCAAGGUAUGGAAGAGAGGAUUUUGGAGUUCAUGGGAGAAAGAUUUGUUGGACUUCACGUCACGGUGGAGACAAUGUUAGAGGCUCAAAGCUCAAGGAUGAGUGUUCUUGAAAAGAACCAGCGGCUUUUGAGAAGAAGGGCUAAGAAAAUAGAAGACAGGCUAACUUCUAUUGAGAGUAAAGUGGAGCCGAGUCAUGGUGAAGACAUGGAUUUUCGACAGUGGGACAAUGAUACAUAUGAAGAGAAGGACAAAGCUUGUUCUGAGAAGGAGAAAGCUAAUGCUGAGCACGAGGCUGGAAAAGAAAAGGAUAACAUCGAGAAUACUGAGGAAGAGGGUGAGAAAGAGAAGGAAAAUAGUGAGGCUGAUGAGGAAGAAGACAAUGAGAGUGAAAGUGAAGAGUUGAAGCAAAUGAAGGAGAGAAGUAGAAGACAAGCUGCUAAAUUGUGGAAGGAAAUUGCGAAUGAGGAAAAGAUUGGAGGGAAACAUGAUGAAGAAGAAAGUGAAGAGAAAGAAGCUGAAACCAGUGAGGAAAAGGAUGAGAACAAUGAUGAGAAAGAUGAAGAAAAAGUGGUGGAAUCUGAGGCUGAAGGAGAAGAUGAUCAAGUAGAGGUUGGAGGGAAAGAGGAUCAAGAAGAAGAAGUUGAAGGGAAGGAGGAUGAAGAAGAAGAAGUUGAAGGGAAAGAGUCUGAAACCAGGGAGAAAGAAAAGGAGAAAAAUGAGACUGAGGAGGUGGAAUCUGAAGCACGGGAGACAGAGAUAGAAAAAGGAACUCCGACACCACCACGUGGGAAUCAGACAGAGAGAACUCCCAAAGAUGAUGACAAUGAGCCUCGGGUUGAGCCUCGGGUUGAGACGAACAGAACCGGUGAAACUCCAACACCACCACAUGGGAGUCAGUCAGAGGGAACUCCCAAAGUUGAUGACACUGAGCCUCGGGUUGAGACAAACAGAACCGGUGAAACUCCAACACCACCACGUGGGAGUCAGUCAGAGGGAACUCCAACACCGCCACGUGGUAGGACUAAGGCAAUGGCUGCGAGGAGACCAAUAAUUAGGCGUAUGGAGGAUGAACCUGGAAAAGGUGAGAAAGUUGUGGAAGAAGAGAAACAAAAGAAAGAGGCUGUGGAAACAGAGGAAAAAAGCAGGGAGAAAGUUGCGGAUGAAGAGAAAAAAAAGGAAGAGGUUGUGAAGGAACAUGCUGAGGAAGUUGUUGAGGAAUACAGUGAGGAAGAAAAGCAAAGGUGGAUCAUGGUCGUUUACAAGGAAGCACCGAGUCCUUGGAUCAUGCAUAGGUGCAAGGAGAAUGUCGUUGUUGCUGCACCUAAGAAGAGUGGCAGACCAAAGAGGAAAUCACAGUGGGUGCAGACUCCUUUCACGGAGGGGAAGAAGCGUAAAACAAAGCCUUAGGCUUUUAUGUAUUUGGGAUGAUAAGUAUUUUGGCUUUUAUGUAUUUGGGAUGUUAAGUAUUUUGGAUGUUUGAAACUUGGUAGUAGAAUGUUUGAACUGCAUAAUUUGGAUGUUUGAAACAGGUAUGGAAAACUAGAUUUACAAGUGUUACUAUGUCCAAAAACGAGUAAGAUAGAUAACUAGAAUUACUAGGUUUCUUACGCCUCAAAAGCACAAAAAA